AUGUUGAAUAUUUUAGAUCUUGGAUUCCUAAGUGUUGCAAUUACUGUUGCUUUUACCGGGUUUUUGAUUAAUAAUUAUGAGAAGCACGUCCCAGCAUUUAUAAUAAAAGGCUUUAAAUAUGGAAGUUUCGCGUAUCAGGGUUCGGGUGCAAAUUAUCUUCAAAUUAUUGAAGUGCCAAAAGCUCUCUAUAGACAUUUUUACGCUUUUUCUUCAGUAUUUAGUACCUUGACUCUUGUAUACGCAUUUUUAGUGUACUGUUUCGAGUUUAGCGUUCACAGAUACGUUGUGUUUAUGUUGAAAUUAAUUCUUGAACAAGAUGAGCCCACAGUGUCUGCAACAGCUAGUUUAUUAGCUCUUUCGCUUAUAACUAUACAGUGUAUUCGGAGGUGCUAUGAAACUUACUAUCUUCAAGUGUUUGCUAGCUCAAGUAAAAUGAAUCUCAGCCAUUAUAUAGCUGGUAUUGUACAUUACUUUGCGGUUGUGGUGGCUGCAAUUGGACAAUCACCAUUAUUCUGUGGCAGCCAAGACCGUAGCAAGAUUACAUGGAUUGACACAAAAACAAUUCUAAUAUUACCUUGUAGCCUAAUUUUUAUGUGGGCAUGGUAUGAACAGUAUAAGAGCAAUAUAAUAUUUGCUAACUUACGAAAAGACAAGAAAUCAGGCAAAGUGGUGACCGAGGACCACAAGAUACCUUAUGGAAGGCUGUUUGAACAUGUGUCGAGCCCACACAGAAUGUGCGAAGUGAUUAUGUACAUUGUACUGCUACUAUUAGUACCCACGAGGACAUUCUUCUGUAUUUUCUUAUGGGUUAUUUGUAACCAGGUACAAACUGCGAUUCAUGCUCAUGUAUGGUACAAAAAGACAUUUAAAGACUAUCCUAGUAAUAGGACAGCAAUAGUUCCUAAAUUAUUAUAA